AUCAGCCAACGCGUUUACAGCGCGUAGCUGAUAUACCCCGCUAUCAGUUAUAGAGACCUGAGGUGCAUAUUGAUGCCUCAUCAACACAGUCACAGCAAAUCCGAGCUUUCAAUCCAGAACAUAGAUUCUAAAAGAAUUCUCGCUCGUUUUUACCCAUUAUUCUCCUGCCCAGUGGCACCUCAAAAAUGCCCUCAUCAGCGGCGCCAGGCAGGGCGGCCAACGAUGUUGGUUCCCUACGCUCUACCAUUGAGACUGCAGACACAGUUGUCCGUCAGUCCAUAGACAUCCUGGACGGUCUUUCAACUGUCACGAUAGAAGAUAGGCCAGAGUUGGACGUUGUCGCGCUGGCAAGAGAUUCGGCAGCCCUCGUACGCGCACACACCACCAAAAUAUCUCUGCUCGUAAUAAACGAGCCCUUCACACCCAGUGCGAUAUCGAAAGUCCUCCGCGAACUCAUCGGGGGUCCAGUGCCGUCUCUGGUAUCGGCAGCACAGCUCUGCGUCCCCAGUCGCUACACUGGCCCCUUCCGGGAUAUACUGGUCGCUGCUUGCCGCAGUGUGCUGCAUGCGCUCCGAGAUCUCGUCCAGAUUAUACCGACCAACGGGAAGGCCUUGUCCGACGGCUUGGAAAAUGGUACGAACUCAAAAUCGCACAGCUUACAGGUUACGGGCAUUGUUUGGAACCGUUGCGACGAGGUCAAGCGGCUGGCGGACAAGGGCAUAGCGGGAUGCCUCGUCGAGAAAGUGGAGAGGUAUCGCGACGAACUGAAGGAUGUGAUGGAGGAAUUGAAGGAGUGGGGUGAAGAGACUGGCGAGAGUGACGAGGAUGACGAUGCGAGCGACUUUGAUGGCCCAGAGAACAAACUCACGGCUGCUCAGGAUAUGCUUGACGACAUUAUGAACUCUCACAGUACAAUCCCGGCCGACGACCCUGACAAAAUAAGAGAGAGGUUGGAAUCAUGUUUACGACGGCUUCGCCUGAUGACAUUAUUAUAUCAGGCCAUCAACAAAAGGAGACUCAAGACUUUGCCAAAGCUACCGACGUCGACACCGUGUGCGGACCUUGACAGGGUUGGGGAUACUUUUCGCAUCCUCGGUGGGAUGAUCGACGGCCUCUGUGAUGUUGCAGAUGCAUUCUACGGGUUGGAUAAAGAAAGGAUCGAUCUUGAAAUGAAGGAAAAAUUUGGCGAGGCCUCCAAAGUUGCAGAACUACUAAGGAAACCAUGGGGGGAGGCGGAAACGGACGAGUUUACGGAAUGGGCCAAAAAGUUUCAGGAGCAAAUAACCAAGUCAUGAGAAACAUCAUGCCUGACUUACAUAGUAGACUGUAGUGAAGCAUUCGGGAGGUAAUGAAUAUGAGCGAUACCCCUCUUGACUCGGAGAAACCCGAAACUGUUGACUAGCCGUCUUGAUAGUAGCAGAGGUUGUC